CUACUGCAGCAUAGAUAAACAAUUUUCACUUUUAAGCCAGUUAAGAACAUUAAAAAUAAUUUGCCUACAAAAUGAUGUCAUUGCCAGAUUCGGAUUCGGAGGACGAGCUGCCACCCGGGUGGGAGGAGCGAGCCUCUGACGACGGCGUCGUCUGCUACGUGAACCAGCAAAGCAAAACAACGCAAUGGACACACCCGAGAACGGGACGCUCCAAGCGCAUCACUGGAGAACUGCCGCUGGGCUGGGAACGCUACUUUGAUGAGAGCAGCAAACGUUACAUGUUCCUCAACAAGGAGACACAGCAGCGCACCAACAUUGAUCCCCGCCUGGCAUUUGCCGUGGAGGAGCCAACGUUGAAUGUGGCGCAAGUGCGUCAGAGAUUCGAUUCCUGCACGGCAGCACUGCAAGUGUUACAUGGCAAGGAUUUGCAUGGCCGUGUGGCGCUCAUCACGGGCGCAAACUGUGGCAUUGGCUUUGAAACUGCACGUUCCCUGGCUCUGCAUGGUUGUGAGGUGAUCUUCGCCUGCCGUAAUGUGGCCUCUGCCAACGAGGCCAUCGAUCGCAUUGCUCAAGAACGUCCAGCAGCGCGUUCCAGAUGCCGUGCAGUGCCACUGGAUCUGGGAUCACUGCAUGCCGUGCAACAGUUCGUGACACACAUCAAGCAGAGCGUCAGUCACAUUGAUUAUCUUAUACUGAAUGCUGGAGUCUUUGCUUUACCCCAUUCGAAAACUAUUGAUGGUCUCGAGACAACAUUCCAGGUGUGUCAUCUAUCACAUUUCCAUCUCACAUUGCAAUUGGAGUCACUGUUCGAUCAUAACACACGCAUUGUGGUGUUAUCCUCCGAAUCACACAGAUUUGCCAAUCUGCCAGUGGAGAAUCUAACACUACAGCAUUUGUCACCCCCCGCGGACAAGUAUUGGAGCAUGAUGGCAUACAACAAUGUUAAGCUAUGCAAUGUGCUCUUCGCUCAGGAGCUUGCACAGCGCUGGAAGCAAAGAGGCAUCUCGGUCUUCUCGCUGCAUCCUGGCAACAUGGUGUCCACCCAACUGUCGCGUAAUUAUUGGUUUUAUCGUCUGCUUUUUGCUAUAGUGCGACCCUUUACCAAGUCCCUGCAACAAGCGGCUGCUACAAGCAUUUAUUGUGCCACAGCCAACGAGCUGACGGGUUUGUCGGGUCUGUACUUCAACAACUGCUAUUUCUGCGAGCCCAGCAAGUUGUCCAAGUGCGUUGCGCUGCAGCAACAAUUGUGGCAGCUCAGCGAGCGUUUGGUCAGCGACAUAAUGGAGCAACAAGUUAAAUAAAAAUUGUUCU